ACGCAAAGGGUGUCAUUUCGAAGGAUGCCGUUACAGGCCCACGGUGUUUCCUGACGAGCGACAAUUAUUCUCGGUGUCGCACUGAGCCACACUUUCAUACGAACCGCGAAACCUGAUACUUUCAGUCCCCAUUUCCCCGGAACAAUUGCCUCCGCUGAGGUCGCGCACCUCCACCUUCCCCACAGCCACGGCCAACGCGACUACGAGCCCGAGACACCUCACUCUGGUCAUUCACGGCCUGUAGAAGUCAUUUCACGAUACUACUUGGUGAAAACACGCGGUGGACGGAUUCACGGGUCACAACAACGCGUUAGGACACAGGCACGACGCGCUUACCAACCACCGCAUGAGAGAGCCUCCGCGGCUGCUACCGCUCGCGCGACCGAUGUUCUAGGACUCAAACUAUACUGGGACUGCGACAGUGGCUUAUCUUGCCUCUAAGGUGGCCUCUGCCGUCAACUUCGCCAUGGCAGAGCUCCUGGGCCAGCCUGCGAGCAACGCCGAACUUGAAGACAUUGAUGCCGAUGGCGAGUAUGAGAUGGAUGAUGUAGAGUAUGAACAAGCCCCGGCUACCGAGAACAUGCCCGAUGCCGAGGGUCAUACGACCGAUGCUGAAGGAACGGACAUGGACGCCGAGGGCGAAGAGGAUGAUGCUGAGGGUGAGGACGAUGACGCUGAAGGUGAAGAAGAUGACGCCGAGGGUGAAGAGGACGAUGCCGAGGGUGAAGAUGUGGAUGCUGAGGGUGAAGAGAUAGACGACGACGAGGAUGAAGCCGAGCCAGUUGGCGCUGUCAAGAUCGCCCAACGUCGUCCUCAAUCAUCCGACGAGGAGGAAGAUUACGAGGGCGAUGAUGUUGCAAGAGAUUCAUCCGACGCCAAGUCCAGCAACAGCGACGAGUCGAGCAACGCCGAUUCUGAAGAGGAGAACCAAUGGCAGGCGAGUGAAGAUGGUGAAGAGGACGAGGUCAUCAAGUCAGCCAACCCCAAUAUCUGCGUAUACUGCGGACUAGACGAGGAUAACGAUCCAAGCCCGGAUUUCGAAGAGUCCCUCUCAUGUACUUUGUGUGGAGACCAUGGUGUGUCACAUCGGCAAUGCGCCCGUAAGGCUGGCACGCUAAGUUCCGAUGACGAUGCAAAGCGUUGGCGCUGCCCUGACUGCACUCAAAAUUUCGGAACUGAGGAAGAAGAAGAGGCUGAACGGCCCUCUACUUCUACACGCCGGAGACGUUCAUCCCUGAACAAGUUGACCAAAGAGUUGCUGCCUUCACAUCGUGGGGUUGACCCCGAAGGACAUUCAAUAUUUAAAGAGCUAAUUCUUCCCGAUGAAUCAGCAGAUGGAUUACGUUCACUGCGCAAACGCAAGACUUCACAAGAGGAGGAGGCACCGGUGCCUUCAAGGCAAACACGGAAAAAGCGGAGACCUUCUGAAGCGACCAACUCAGAUGUCGAACCAUCAGUCCCUGCAGUCUCACCCAGACCACCAUCGAGGAGCAUACGAAGUGCUCGUAGCGUCAUGACGGAUGGUCACGAAAGUGGAGGCGAAGCAGAGCAGAAUGGGUCAGAAGCUGGUCGGCUACGUCCAGCAAGGGCGCGUCGCGGGCAACCUAAGAGAAACGACAAACGCCCACUUGCCUGGAUCGAAGAGGCUCAGGGCCAGAGCUUGAUCAUCGCUUUCCAUCUCAACAACGAGAAAGUCCAACAGAUUGUCACGUCUAAGCCUAAGAAGAAGAUUCAGACUCUCACGAUUGAACAAGAGCGGCAAGAGAGACGGCGUGAGCGGGAUAGAGAACGUCGCGAAAGGAACCGCCGGGCUGCACAGGCUGCGCGAGAGUCACCAGAGGUCCUGCACUACCCAACGAUACAUGUCCACCACGCCACACCGUUUCCAGGCUUCAUGGACAAAGAGCUCGACGAAACCAAGAGCAAACCCUACGGCGGCGUGCUUUCCGAAGCUGAUGCUGAUACUUCCAAAACAUACCCUUCGCCUGCUGACAGGAAGCGCUUUGACGACGCCCGUAUCAAGGCCGAAGAAGAGUGGAAAGCGAAGCAGGCCGCACUCUAUCCUCCCGAGCCAGCGCGCCCACACAAGCAAGCAGCCACUGCGAGCAAGAUCAAAUGCGUCAACUUUGGCGGAUGGGAAAUUGACACUUGGCACGCUGCACCAUAUCCAGAGGAGUACAGCAAAAAUAGGGUGCUUUACAUAUGCGAGUUCUGUCUCAAAUACAUGAACUCGGACUACGUCGCAUGGCGACAUAAGCUCAAAUGCCCAGCGAAGCACCCUCCAGGCGACGAGAUCUACCGCGACGGGAAAUACUCAUUCUUCGAGGUCGACGGCCGGAAGAAUCCCGUGUACUGCCAGAAUCUCUGUCUACUUGCCAAGCUAUUCCUCGGUUCCAAGACGCUCUACUACGAUGUCGAGCCCUUCCUAUUCUACGUCAUGACUGAGAACGACAAUUUCGGCUGUCAUUUUGUCGGCUAUUUCUCGAAAGAAAAGCGGCCCAGCUCGCUCAACAACGUCUCAUGUAUUCUGGUACUUCCGAUUCACAUGCGCAAAGGAUACGGGCAGUAUCUAAUUGAGUUUUCCUACCUCCUCACCCGUGUGGAGAGAAAGACUGGAAGUCCAGAAAAACCGCUCAGUGACAUGGGUUUGGUGAGUUAUCGAAAAUACUGGCGGCUCGUUCUAUGUGAAGAACUACUCCAACAAAAGGCUGCGAUCAGUAUAUCAGCCAUUUCAGACCGCACGGGGAUGACACCGGACGAUAUUGUGUCUGCUCUGGAAGGCUUACGAGCUCUUGUACGUGACCCUGUCACGAAGAAGUACGCGCUGCGCCUCGACUUGAACUACUUCAAGUCGUACAUUGAGAAGUGCAACGCUGCAGGCAACCCAAAGAUCAACCCCGACUGUCUGAUAUGGACACCGUACGUCAUGGGUCGUUUGGGUCAGUACGAAGAUGGACCUGCGUUGCAAACUGUGCAGCAGCGCGAUGAAGUAGAAGAGGAGGAAAAGCCUGCGCCUGAGGAGGGUGUGCAGAUGGAGAUGGCGAAGACUAAUGGCACUGGUAAUGAUGUUGAGGCAGCCAUACCCACCAUUACCGCUGAAGACUCCGUCAACGGUGGUUCACCGGCUCCUGGUACCCCACUCGCAAACGGCUCUACUGUUGCUCUUGCUGGCUCGCAUAUGGAUGAGCCGGCAAUCCCACCGUCACGAUACGAGAUCUUCCCUCCCAUACCCGGGCAACCCUCGCAAAGACGUCGACCAGGACGGCCAUUUGGAUCACGGCGAAGAACAAGCACUCCAAACCGCGUACGAAACACUUCACUGUCCAUUCACACCGCACCAGUAUCGAAGAUCCAACUGUCGCCUAGUAGAGGUGCCAAAAAUCUCAUGUCACCGUCCGCAAACGGCGCCCUCACACCAGGCACCAUUUCCCUGCGUAGAACACGAAGCCGACUUGGUGAAAGCGUCACGAAUGGCGAGGAUGUCGAAGACGGAGGUGCCGUCAAAGCCGUUGCCGUCAACGGGCGGAGAAGCACACGCAGCUCCGCCAGUUCCAGAGGAAGCAUCGAUUUCAAAGGCAAGGGAAAAGCUUUGCCCAUUGAAGAAGAACACGAUGAAGACAUUGAUGCGGAUGGCGAUUACGACGAAGAAGAGGGUGAUAUGGACGUUGAUGCUGAAGGCGAGGAAGACGAUGACAUUAUCAUGCAAGAUGCGUAAUUGGUGCUGACUGUUCAAGCUCUCCGCAUUAUUAUUUUUUGUCGGUGUCGAUUGACCCACUUACGGCAAGGGUCUGAUAUCUUUCUGUUCAGCACAAAACCCUGCGUUUUCAAUUCGUGUAUCAUUAUGUUCUUUUACUUUAAUUUUUGGCAUGCAUAACGGAGAUACCUUGGGACCGGAUAGCGAGGGGCGUACAUCAUCAAUUCAAUACAUAAUCCAGAGGGACUAUCUUCUAUGCCUCA